AUGAUUAUCCCAAAUAUCAAAGAGUUUGAUGUGUUCCCUAACUCAGGGUUCCUUCCCUCGAAACUCCCUUUAGAACGUCUUCCUCAGGAGUACUACCAGCCAUGGGAAAAUAUAGUAAAUAACCUUCCCUCGUUGAUACUCACAAAACGUAUUAGAGCAACCAUAGAUAAACUUCCAGUAUUAGAAACCACCCGCCUUACCUCCGAAGAAGAGUACCGCAGAGCUUACCAGAUCUUAGGGUUCCUUGCUCAUGCAUACAUUUGGGGAACCGAUACACCAACCGAUAAAUUACCUUCCCAGAUUGCCACACCAUGGAUAAAAGUUUCGGACCAUCUCGGAUUACCCCCAAUAGCAACCUACGCUGGUCUUUGUCUUUGGAAUUUUAAACAAAUCAUGCCUAGCGACGAUAUAUGGGACUUGGAUAAUUUGACAACUAUAAACACAUUUACAGGUUCGAUCGACGAAAGUUGGUUCUAUUUGGUGAGUGUAUAUUUUGAACACAAGGGUGCAUUGGCUAUUACUACUGGUUUAGAUGCUAUUAAAUGUGCUUACAAUAACGACACCAAAGGAUUGGUUGAAAACUUGCAACAACUCGCUGAAGCUAUUGAUAGUCUUGGGUCUGUACUUAUGAAAAUGGAAGAAAUGUGUGAUCCCCAUGUGUUUUACUUUAGGAUUAGACCAUACUUGGCUGGAUGGAAAAACAUGACUGAGGUGGGGCUCAAAGGUGUUUACUAUGGAGAAGAGAAAAAAGUCAGAAACUAUUCUGGUGGAUCUAACGCUCAGAGCUCAUUAAUUCAGUUCUUGGACAUUUUGCUUGGGGUAAAACACUAUUCAACUGGAGAAAGACCAUUGCCAUUUAAAUCUGGCUCUGGUUCUGGUGCAGAAAAUGGGUUUAUGAACGAAAUGAGACAAUACAUGCCAGGCAACCACCAAAAAUUCUUAUCAAAAAUCCAGGAAAUCACCAACAUAAACCAGUAUGUUUUGGACCACAAAGAUUCUCACCCAGAAUUGGUAUUAUCAUACGACGCAUGUCUCGCCAUGUUAAAACUGUUUAGAGAUAAGCAUAUACAGAUUGUUACUCGUUACGUUGUUUUGCAAGCAAAGAAAACCGAAAAGAUGGGAUCUUCUUCCACAUUAAGAUCUGGUCUUGCACGUAAAAAGAAAGAAGAAAGAGGUACGGGCGGUACAUCUUUACUUCCAUUCCUCAAACAGUGCAGAGAUGAAACUGGUGAUCCAGCUGCAGGUAAUUGGGGUCAAAGAAUUCUCAGUGAUGGUGUGAUGAGAUUGACGUUUUCCAAGCCAAACGGGAUCAAUGAGGAUUAA